AUGGCACGGGCCGCCUGUCUCCUCCGCGCGAUUUCGCGCGUCCUCCUGCUCCCGCUGCCUCUGCUGCUCCUGUUGCUGCUGCUCCUGCCGCCGCCGCUGACGGCCCGGGCCAGGCCACCGGAGAGUCACCGUCACCACCCUGUGAAGAGAGGGCCUCAGCUCCUGCAUGCAGCUCUGCCUAAUAGCUUGACAUCUGUCCCUGCCUCCCGUUGGGUCUCUAGUCCCGCUGGUAGUGCCAGACCUCUACGAUGUGGUGUACCCGACCCGCCUGAUGUACUGAAUGCCCGGAACCGACAGAAGCGCUUCGUCCUGUCAGGAGGGCGCUGGGAGAAGACAGAUCUCACUUAUAGGAUCCUCCGGUUCCCAUGGCAACUUGUAAGGGAGCAGGUACGGCAGACGGUGGCAGAGGCCCUCCAGGUAUGGAGUGAGGUGACCCCACUCACUUUCACCGAGGUGCACGAGGGACACGCUGACAUCAUGAUUGACUUUGCCAGGUACUGGCAUGGGGACAACUUGCCAUUUGAUGGGCCUGGGGGCAUCCUGGCCCAUGCCUUCUUCCCUAAGACCCACCGAGAAGGGAAUGUACACUUUGACUAUGACGAGACUUGGACUAUUGGGGACAACCAGGGCACAGACCUACUGCAAGUGGCAGCUCAUGAAUUUGGCCACGUUCUGGGGCUGCAACACACCACAGCAGCUAAAGCUCUUAUGUCCCCUUUCUACACCUUCCGCUACCCUCUGAGCCUUAGCCCAGAUGACCGAAGGGGCAUCCAGCACCUCUAUGGCCGGCCCCAGCUGACUGCCACCUCCCCCGCCCCAACCUUGAGCUCCCAGGCUGGGACAGAUACCAAUGAGAUUGCGCUGCUGGAGCCGGAAACCCCGCCAGAUGUCUGUGAGACUUCCUUUGAUGCCGUUUCCACCAUCCGAGGCGAGCUCUUCUUCUUCAAGGCAGGCUUUGUGUGGAGACUGCGCAGUGGGCGACUGCAGCCAGGGUAUCCUGCUCUGGCCUCUCGGCACUGGCAAGGACUGCCCAGCCCGGUGGAUGCAGCUUUUGAGGAUGCCCAGGGCCAGAUUUGGUUCUUCCAAGGUGCUCAGUACUGGGUAUAUGACGGUGACAAGCCAGUCCUAGGCCCCGCGCCACUCUCCAAGCUGGGCCUGCAGGGGUCCCCAGUCCAUGCCGCUUUGGUCUGGGGUCCCGUGAAGAACAAGAUCUACUUCUUCCGAGGUGGAAACUAUUGGCGUUUCCACCCCAGAACCCAACGAGUGGACAAUCCCGUGCCCCGACGGGCCACUGACUGGCGAGGGGUACCUUCUGAGAUCGAUGCUGCCUUCCAGGAUGCUGAAGGCUAUGCCUACUUCCUUCGUGGCCAUCUCUACUGGAAGUUUGACCCCGUGAAGGUGAAGGUCCUAGAAGGUUUUCCUCGCCCCAUAGGUCCUGACUUCUUUGACUGUUCGGAGCCUGCCAAUACUUUCCGCUGACAACGCCUUGGAUGUAUUCAGGGGUACUGACCUCUGUCAGAGCACUUAGAUCAUUCAAGAGACCUACAGCCAUAUUUGUGGCUCUGGGCUUCCGGCAUGGGACAGGCAGGGGCUGUGUCUCCUCAGGGGAGUGGGUUGGGGUGUAGCCCCUGUUUCCAGAGAGGAUCAUGCUGGCCGUGAUCACUGCCAACAAUUGUCUCAGACUGGGCAAAGGCGUUGGCAUUACUUAAAAAUAAGGGAGGUCUUAGGCCGACAAUAUUUCAGCUACCAGUAAUCCACAGUCAACCUGGCUGCCCAAGGUCUCUGUCUCUGUCCCUCAAAGUAGAAUCCCCACAGGAAUUCAGAAACCACAGUGUCUUCAUUCGAUUCCUGUAGUGAGGUUCCUGUUGGUAAUGAGAUGCCCAGGGUACCAUGCUGCCACAGCUAAGCAUCUGAGCCAGUAUCUUUCCUGGUAAGUCAGCUCCGGAGAGAUAGUGGACUGAUAUAUUCUGGCAGGUGAUUCAAACCAGUGUUUCCUGGAACUCAGGCCAAAAGUUACAUAGCCAGCCAGGGAGGCAGCAGCUCCCUCCCAGAGGCACUGAACCUCAGAGACCCCACAUACCUCACAGCCUUGCCCCAGGCCAUUUCUUCCUGGGGACCCUCUUCCUAGCACAGGUACCCUCCAAAGCCAUGUAAAUGUGUAUACAGUGUAUAAAAGGUGCGACUGUCAUUAAACAUGAGUGUUUUCUAA